AUGAACGUGUUGGUAUACCUGGGACGCGGCACCACGCCUGAACUGGUGAAACAUACCGUGGAGUCCUUGAGGCUCCAUCUUUCUCCUAAUUAUGCUGUGGUGACGGUGUCUGAGCAGUCGUUGCUUGGGGACCCUUGGCAGUAUAAAACGCUGGUGUUGGUGAUUCCAGGUGGAGCUGAUUUGCCGUAUUGCGAUGCAUUGAAUGGCGACGGGAACCUGAAGAUCACCCAGUUUGUGAGGAAGGGUGGUAGGUACUUGGGGCUCUGUGCUGGAGGGUACUAUGGUGCCAAACGGUGUGAAUUCGAGGAAGGGGACCCGAUAAUGGAGGUAAGUGGGCCUAGAGAGUUGGCUUUUUUUCCGGGAAUUGCUAGGGGUUGCGUUUAUAAGGGGUUUGAUUAUGAGUCUCAUGCUGGCAGUAAGGCUGUUACUAUGGCUGUGAAUACGGAUGCGUUGCCGCUGAGUCCUGGUAAUGUUGAUGUUUAUUAUAACGGCGGUGGGUUGUUUGUGGAUGCUUCGAAGCAGCGCAAUGUGGAGGUUUUGGCUCGGUACGCUGCUCCUCAGACUGACCUUCAAGAUGAGGAUUUGGCUGCUGGGGUGUACUGUAAGGUCGGCAAGGGCUGUGCUGUGCUUUUUGGAACGCAUCCAGAGUUCUCGCCGGCGCUUAUGAAGGGUGACGCUUCAGAUCAGCAUUUUGCGCUGGUGAGAGCCCAGAUUGAAAGUAACGACUACGAGAGAAAGCGCUUCUUGAGAGCGUGUCUUCUGAAAAUGGGUCUUAAGGUUAAUGAUGACGUUGAAGGGUCUAUUCCACGGUUGACGCCGAUUUAUCUUUCUUCGCUGCUUGACCCAAGUAAUGCCAGGGGAUUGCUUAGCACGCUCCAGGAGAAUUUGGACUUUGUGGCUCCAAGAACGUUUGAAGAUAUAAACGACACUUUUGUGCUUCACGAUGAAAAGGAUUCAGAUAUUACUGAAGACUCGGAAAUGGACGGCGAACAGUCUUUUGACCAGGUUCUUUCAGCUCCAAAGCAUAUCAAGUUCUUUACUUCAGAUGCUUUCCCCAGUCAUACUGAAACGCCAUACUUCAAUAUGGAAAAGUACUUUGCCCAGUUGAAGCGUCUACACGAAGCAAAUAAUGAACUGAUUGGACUGAUUGGUUCUCUUCUUGCAUAUGGUGAAGUGGUUACUUCUACUAAUACCCUUCUUGAUAAGAAUCCUAACUGGUUGGAACACCUCCCUCAUGGUCUUACAUUCACUGCUACUACACAAAUCGCCGGAAGAGGACGUGGCGGCAACGUCUGGAUCAAUCCCAAGGGCGUGAUGGCAACCUCUAUCUUAUUCAAGCUUCCUAAAGGAGAGUCCAACAGUUCCAUCAUUGUCACCUUACAAUACUUGUGUGCACUUGCACUUAUAGAGUCGAUCUUGGGCUACGGGUCACUUGUCCAGGGCCAAGGCUCCGGCUAUGAAGACUUACCGUUGAAGCUUAAAUGGCCUAACGAUAUGUAUGCAUUGAAGCCUGAGUUCUACAAGAACAUAUCUGAUAAAGACGAUGUGAGUAAUACUGUGGAAGGCGAUGACGAGAAGUGGGCAAAGAUCUCGGGUUCGCUUAUCAACUCCCAAUUUUUGAACGGCCAGUUUCACCUUGUUUGGGGCGGAGGUGUUAAUGUUUCCAACGAAGCUCCAACGACUUCCCUUAACCGUGUCCUUGCCAAACUUAACGAAUUAAGAGCCGCCAAAGGGUUGCCUGAGCUCCCACCUUUUGAGCAUGAAACGCUUCUUGCCAAGCUUGUAUUCAACAUGGAGCAAUUUUACAAUGUGUUCCAGAGGUCUGGCUUGCAACCAUUCUUAUCGCUUUACUACAAGAGAUGGUUCCAUCUGAACCAACACGUAAGGUUGGAUGCUGAAGGUAACGGUAACGUCAAGGAUUGCAUUAUCCGUGGCAUCACAAGCGACUAUGGCCUUUUGGUUGCAGAAGACAGCAACACACACGAAAAGAUGGAGCUCCAGCCCGAUGGAAACUCCUUCGAUAUCUUCAAAGGUCUCGUCUACAAGAAGAGAUAG